UCAAUGCUUAAUUCUGGCAGAGUUUAAGAGAUUCCUUAAAAGAAAUUACUUAAGUGAUUGCGAUUGCUCUCAUGCAGUUAGAGCUUUUUAAGCUUUGAUCAGAUUCUCUCAAUUUGAGUCAUUGUCUUGUCGGAAGUUUCAUUGAAUGUUACAUGUCUGGAUUUAGUCACGAUUAUAAAUAAUUAGACGAAUGUGUCAUUCGAGUAAUUGAAUGUGUAAAUCAAGUCUUAUUUUGCUGUCAAACUGCCAAGCAGAGAGAUCAGUUCUCCGCAUAUUAAAUUAAUUUAAAUAUGAAGUUUCUACGCAAUAUCGCUAUAGUGUUGAUUACACUUCAAUUAGUUAAUUCUCUUGAAUCUAAUCUGAUUUGUUUCUACGAUGCCCAAGGUUCAGAAAGGGAUGGUGUGGCCAAAUUCACCACCACAGACAUGGAGAUUUCUUUGCAAUUUUGUACUCAUCUAAUCUACGGCUAUGCGGGCAUUAAUCCGGAUACCUAUCAAGUUUCCAGUAUAAAUCCCCAACGUGAUGUUCAGAGGCGUCAUUUCGCUACCAUUACUGCUUUAAAAGAGAAAUUUCCCAACGUAAAAUUUCUACUGAGCGUCGGUGGUGAUCGUGAUGGCGAAGGAGCGGACAAAUACAUACAACUUUUAGAAGCCGGUCGCCAGAAGCAAAGUGCCUUUAUAGAGUCAGCUCGUGAUCUUCUACGUAGUUAUAAUUUUGAUGGCUUGGACUUAGCUUUUCAGUUGCCACGUAAUAAACCUCGCAAAGUUCAUUCAGAUAUUGGUAUGGCUUGGAAGUCUUUUAAAAAGCUUUUUACGGGCGAUUUCAUCGUGGACCCAAAGUCAGAUGAACAUAAAGAGCAAUUUACAGAUUUGGUAAACGAUUUAAAAGCUGUUCUUCGGCCGCAUAACUUAAUGCUUUCCCUAACCGUAUUACCGAAUGUGAACUCAAGUUGGUAUUUCAAUGCUCCGGCUAUAAUAAACAAUUUGGAUUUCAUUAACUUGGCGGCAUUUGAUUUCACUACACCUCAACGCAAUCCAGAAGAAGCUGAUUACACGGCUCCUUUAUUUUCCCCUGUUGCGGAAGGCAAUCGCUUGUCCCAUUACAAUAUUGAUUUUCAAGUGGAUCACUGGAUAUCGCAGCGCAUACCGCAUACGAAAAUUAAUGUCGGCGUAGCUAGUUAUGGGCGAUCGUGGAAAAUGACUAAAGACUCGAAUGCUAAUGGAUUUCCAAUAGUAACCGGCACUGAUGGCCCGGCUCCUGCUGGACCGCAAACUAAAAUCCCCGGCCUGCUUAAUUGGGCGGAAGUAUGCUUGAAACUUCCUAAUCCAUCUAAUGUAGACAAAAACGAAGCUUUAGCACCGUUGCGUCGGGUUUCAGAUCCUACCCGCAAAUAUGGCACUUACGCUUAUCGGGCUCCAAACAGUGAAGGCGAACACGGUGAAUGGGUUAGUUAUGAGGAUCCCGAUACUGCCUCUACCAAGACCGCAUAUGCAAAAAAUCGCGGUUUAGGCGGAAUUGCUUUAUUCGAUUUAACUUUAGAUGAUUUUCAUGGCCAGUGUACAGGUGAUAAAUUUCCCAUGUUACGAGCCAUUAAAUAUCGUUUACUAUAAAAAUGAGUGAAAAAA